AUGAGUCACCGAAAGUACGAGGCUCCCCGACACGGCUCCCUGGCCUACCUGCCGCGGAAGCGCGCCGCCCGCCACCGCGGCAAGGUCAAGUCCUUCCCCAAGGAUGACGCCAAGAAGCCCGUCCACCUGACGGCCGCCAUGGGCUACAAGGCCGGUAUGACCACGAUCGUUCGUGACCUCGACCGACCCGGCGCGAAGGCGAACAAGAAGGAAGUUGUUGAGGCCGUCACGGUCGUCGAUACGCCACCUAUGAUCGUUGUUGGUCUUGUUGGCUACAUCGAGACUCCCCGUGGUCUCCGCUCCCUCACCACCGUCUGGGCUGAGCACUUGAGCGACGAGGUCAAGCGCCGCUUCUACAAGAACUGGUACAAGAGCAAGAAGAAGGCCUUCACCAAGUACGCCAAGAAGCACUCCGAGAACAGCGGUGCCUCCAUCACCCGCGAGCUUGAGCGCAUCAAGAAGUACUGCACGGUCGUCCGCGUCCUCGCCCACACCCAGAUCCGCAAGACGCCCCUCAAGCAGAAGAAGGCCCACCUCAUGGAGAUCCAGAUCAACGGUGGCUCCGUCGCCGACAAGGUCGACUUCGGCAAGGACCUCUUCGAGAAGCCCGUCAGCAUCGACACCAUCUUCGAGCAGGAUGAGAUGAUUGACGUGAUCGCCGUCACCAAGGGCCACGGCUUCAACGGUGUCACCUCCCGUUGGGGCACCAAGAAGCUUCCCCGCAAGACUCACAAGGGUCUCCGCAAGGUCGCUUGUAUCGGUGCCUGGCACCCGUCCCACGUCCAGUGGACCGUUGCCCGUGCUGGUCAGAUGGGUUACCACCACCGUACCUCGGUCAACCACAAGGUUUACCGCAUCGGCAAGGGCGAUGCCGAGGACAACGCCUCUACCGAGAUCGAUGUCACCAAGAAGAAGAUCACUCCUCUGGGUGGCUUCGUCCGCUAUGGCGAGAUCAACAACGACUUCGUCAUGGUCAAGGGCUCUAUCCCCGGUACCAAGAAGCGCGUCAUGACUCUGCGCAAGUCCAUGUUCACGCACACCUCCCGCCGCGCCCUGGAGAAGAUCAACCUCAAGUGGAUCGACACCUCGUCCGAGUUCGGACACGGCGCCUUCCAGACGCCCGCGGAGAAGAAGCAGUACCAGGGUACCCUCAAGAAGGACCUGGCUUCCGCGUAA